UCAAGUUGGUGACGUUGACGAGGAGGAGGCUGAAGACGAGACGAUUUGCUUAGUUCGUCGUCGACGGAGGUUGGACUUACUCGAGGAAGUCGUUGCGAAUUCGUCGUCUGCAUCAGAGGAAGAGUUUGAGAUGGCUAACACAUCAGAGAAUACGCUGUCGUCUAAGCCAGUGUCGAGGAUGUCACAGAGCGAGAUGAUGGAACGAGCGAGGAAGCGGUUGAGGUCGAACAGUAAUGCUGGUGGGCAGGGUGGUCAGGCGAUGCCUCUCGUGCCUCGUUAUUCUAAGAUAGGUGCGUCGCCUGAGACGCCCGUUGUUAUAGGGGGUGAAGGUUUUCAUCCUCUAUCGUCGUCGUCGCCGCCGAGGCCGUUUCAGGUGUCGUCGACUGCUGUUGCUGCGACUAGGCCCCCUGCUGCGUCGGCCAAGAAGCGUCCUGCUGACAAAGGUUCCGUCGAGGAUACUGUUGUCACUCUGCCCCCGAACUUCUUGGGCGACGGUGAAGAUGCCGUUGUUUGGCCGCAUGCAGACCGUUUGAUAUUGCCCUCGACGUAUCAGCGUUAUCAUGAGGUCGUACCUCUUUCUGUCGCGUCGGACGCUGCUGAACUAAGCCUGCGGGCGUCACAGGCUGCUUUGGCCGUGCGUAGGCAGUGCUCCUUGCUGUGCGACGAGCUUAUCUCCUCGAAGAACCAAGUGGCUAUGGCGAAGAAGGCGGCGACUUCUUGGGAAGGUAAGUGGAUGGCUUCUGAGAAGAAGUUGGUCGAUCUUGCUGCGGCGGUUAAGUCGAAAGACGAACAAUUAAAGGGCAAGGACGACCAGAUUGCUGACGCGUCGAAGGAGUUGGAAAGGGUAAAGGGGGAGUUGGCGUCGACCGUGGAAGAAAUGCAAGGGUUAAGGAUUUUAUACGACGCUUUGCAGGAGGAGUUUAAGGAUUGCGAGGCUUUGGCUGUGUGGAGGACGAGGGCGCAGAUGAUGUUCUCGUGUUUGAAGGGGGAGGUUAGCCUCUGGCCAUGCCAAAAAGAGGUGGAUGACUACCUUGCUAAUGGUGGUACCCUUGAGGAGUUGUCGGUGCCGGUGGUGGACGCGGAUGAGUUGGCGAUGGAAGCCGACACUGCUGGUACUAACGGAGCUGAUGCCGAUGUCGCCCCUCUGGCCGAAGACGUUUCUUCCGUUGAUCGAGAGGGUGAAGCGUCCAUGGAGCAAGGCGAGGGAGAUGUUCCCGUCGUCGCCCCUCCCGAGGUGGACUUGGCAGACGCGACGGUCAAUGUUGACAUGCCCCCGAUAUCGGAUCAAGUUGUCUCGACCCCUCUUCCAGACGAACAUAUGUAAUGGCUAGUUGAUGUUUUUAUGUAAUAGUUAGUGGUAUGGAUAUUUUAGUUUUUGUUGUUGCAUUUUGGAUGUUUUUACUCGUCGUCGAUGGCGGCGGCGAGGUGUUUGGAUAUUUUGUGUGUUUGUGUUUUCGCUUGAUGAUGUGAAAGUCGUGGCCUUUGGGGUCGCGCGUUGUGUGGUGUUUGUGAUAAAUUUGUUUUUCUUUUCCUU